AAUAUACAAAUUACAAGAUAAAAUGAAUUAAAGAAGUGCAUUGGAUGGUGUGUCAAAAGAUAAGUGGACAAAGAGAGUGGGAGACGGAGUGAGUAUAUAUGAGACUCACUAUGCCCGCCCCAAUAUUCCACUCCGCCGCCUCUUCUUGUUUUCAUCAUCAUAUCAAAUCUUUCAAUCACAUCCAGCUUCAACAAAUCAAAUCAGGGUUUUUCUUACGUAUUGAUACGCGCGCGCGUAUAUACACGCUCCAUCGGAUAUGGCCGUCGCCAAGGGAAAGCUUGGUGCUGUGUUAUUCCGGCCAAGGAAAAAGCUGCGUGGAGGUCAAGCUGUUCACAAGCGGCGGCGGAGAAUUGACAGCCGCGGCGGCGGGUGCGGAGAUCUCUGCCGAAAAACCACACCACCGGCGACCAAAAAAUCUCCGAAGUCGUCAUCAAACAAUAACAUUUGUCCAAUAAUAAGAUCAGCAACAGAUGGUGAUGAUCAUGCGAUCAAUAAGAUCGACAAAGCGACGACGCCGAUCCCUCAGCAUCACACGACCCGUCUCAUUCGGGAAACAGCCGCGCCGCCGCCGCCGGCCGCUGAAAUCCCACUUUCCCGCCCCAUGGCCCUACGCGCCGAGAUGAUGAGGGUGCGGUACGCGGAGACAAUCGCGAAGGCAAGCCAGAAGAAACUGGGCGACCCGAAUUGGAAGGCGGAGGAGGAGGAGGAGGCAAUGAGGCUGCGGCGGCGGCGGCAGCAGAUAGAGAGAGAAAGGGCGGCGGCGAGGAUCGCGGUGGACAAGAUACAGAAGACCGUUGAGUUUAAUGAUGCUCAUUCUCUAAUGAUGGACUUCCACACGCGUAUAUACACGCUCGAUAUGGCCGCCGCUAAGGCGAAGCUUGGGGCUGUGUUAUUCCGAUCAAAGAAGAGGCCGCGUGGUGGUCAAGCUGUUCAACAACAAGCAACAAUUCACAAGCGGCGGCGGAGAAUCGACAGCUGCGGCGGCGGGGGCGGAGAUCUCUGCCGAAAAACCGCACCACCGACGACCAAAGCAUUGAAGUCGUCGUCAUCAAACAAUCACAACAGCCCAAUAAUAAGAGCAGCAAGAGAUGGUGAUCAUGCGAUCAAUAAGAUCGACAAAACGACGCCGUCACCUCAUCCUCACACGACCCGUCUCACUCGGGAAACAGCCGCGCCGCCGCCGGCGGCGGCCGUUGAAAUCCCACUUUCCCGCCCCAUGGCCCUACGCGCCGCCAUGAUGAAGGUGCGGUACGCGGAGACUAUCGCGAAGGCAAGCCAGAAGAAACUGGGCGACCGGAAUUGGAAGGCGGAGGAGGAGGAGGCAAUGAGGCUGCGGCGGCGGCGGGAGCAGAUAGAGAGAGAAAGGGCGGCGGCGAGGAUUGCGGUGGACAAGAUUCAGAAGACCGUUGAGUUUAAUGAUGCUCAUUCCCUAAUGAUUGAUUUCUACAGCUUAAUUUGUUCUUCUUGCUAGGUCAAUUAAUUACUGUAAUCCGG